CCUCAGUGCGCCUGCGCGCCACGGCGCCUCAGUGCAGUGAAAUUCCGUGAGGGGGGAGAAGAGACGGGGGGUAAAAAGAAAAAGCGGAGGGAGGUUUGAGGCGAGAGAAAGAGGCGCGCGGCUCCAGCGCCCCCCCAGCCGUGGCCGCUGAGAGGAAACGAACAUUUAAAUAAGACCCCCCCCCCCGAAAUCCCCUCCCCCUCCCUUCCCCCCUCCCCCCGGCAGAGGGACUCCGAGGCGCUGCCGUGGCGGCGGCGGUGGUGGCGAGAGGGCGAGCAGGCGUGAGGAGGAAGAGGGGCGACGACGAGGCUCCGCCGGCUGGCUGGCCGCCUCACGCCCGGUGGUAGCAGGAGGAGAAGGAGGAGGAGCGCCGCUGCCGCCGCCCCAGACUCCCUCCCCGGGCACCGGUGGGGAGAAUGACGGAGCUCCAGUCCGCGCUGCUACUGCGGAGACAGCUGGCAGAGCUCAACAAAAACCCCGUGGAAGGUUUUUCAGCAGGCUUAAUAGAUGAUAAUGAUCUCUAUCGAUGGGAAGUCCUUAUUAUUGGUCCUCCGGAUACACUGUAUGAAGGCGGCGUCUUCAAGGCUCACCUUACUUUUCCAAAGGACUAUCCGCUCAGGCCGCCAAAAAUGAAGUUUAUCACAGAAAUAUGGCAUCCAAACGUUGACAAAAAUGGCGACGUCUGUAUUUCCAUUCUUCACGAGCCUGGUGAAGACAAAUACGGCUACGAGAAACCCGAAGAGCGCUGGCUUCCCAUCCAUACUGUGGAAACUAUCAUGAUUAGUGUAAUUUCUAUGCUGGCAGAUCCCAACGGCGACUCUCCUGCAAACGUUGACGCAGCGAAAGAAUGGAGGGAAGAUAGAAAUGGAGAAUUCAAGAGGAAAGUCGCCCGCUGUGUAAGAAAAAGCCAAGAGACAGCUUUUGAGUGACAUUUAAUUCCGCAGCUAGUAGCUUCACUUUUUUCAGGGUCUCCAAUUGAGGAACGUGGCACUGUUUUUCCUGCACUCUACCCACCUAUUGCUGGACUUCUGUUUAUACCAAGUUGGCAGACACUGGCUGGAACUGGGCUGCAAUAAAACUUGCCAGUUAUCAAUGCUGACAGAGCCUAACAAGUGCCAACAAAGAUUUGUGCGUUUUGAAAACUAAUGAACUGCUUUAACCUUCAGGAAAAAUUGUAAAGAUGUGUACAUAGCACAACGUGAUCCGGAUAAUAUAUAUACAGUUCAUGUACAUCCACAAAUACACAUUGUACCAAAUAAUGCUGUCUUGUAGUUAGGAUAAGUAAAGAAUCGUGUAAAUUCUAAAGAUUUUAGCAGGUUUUCUCCCCCCUCCCCACCCCCUUGGUUUUUUCUUACCAGUCCUUAAAAAUUUCUUGUGAAGCAUGUUGGACUAAACCAAUUAGGAUUAAAAAAUUCCGUUUAACUUUUUUUUCUUUGAGUCAUUGAUGCUUCAUUAAAAUCUUUCACUUUAAUAAAGUUUAAUAUCUUUGUAAUUCUCUCCCUUCCCCUCAACUUUUUUCCAGAGGUCCUUAAUAAAACACUGAGAUCUAUUCCUUGAUUCUAACAAAGACUUGAGCACUGUCACUAUCAAGAGGUGCAGUUCUUCCUUUGACACUAUAGCCCAGCUGUGCACAUCUCUUGGAUGGGAUGUAGCAAUAAAACUUAAAGCUGUGGAGCUCCCUUGAGCUUGAGAUAUUUCCCAAAGGGCUGAGCAGUUUUGCUUUGGAAAUGGUUAGCCUGAUGUAGGAUGAGAUGCUUUACUUUGAUUUCUUGCCUGGUUUGGUUGGAUAAAUAAAAGCAUGCAGAUCUCUAGGCUUUCAAGUGAGUUCUGGUUUUGGUAUUAAAUGCUUUUUCUGUCCCCUACACAGCCUUGCCUCUCCCCUCUUAUUCCUUUUUUCCCUCCUCCUGUAUUUCUUUGCCUUCUGAUCUUCUGCAGGUUUUCCUCACAAUGUAUAAAGAUAAAUUGCGAUGUAUAUUUUCAUGUAACUUGAUUUUGGAAUUCUGUCACCUUCUGUAGUGAGUUCUUCCAAAAUACAAUUUUUUUCCAAUA